CUCUAUACCUUUCCGUUCUUUCUCUCUCUCUAUUUAUAUCUUUUGUAUGUCUUCAAUAUCUUGCUUUCUCUUUCUCCCCCCCCCCCCCCCUCUUGUAUACCCUAAAUUGAUCUACUCCUCCUUUUCCCCUUUUCUUGAUUUGUUGUUGUUAAUUCAGUUAUCUAUAUAUAAAGAUUAGAUUUUUAUCUCUUCUCUAUGAGUUUUGAUCCAUAGGUAAGAUAGAUAUUUAUUACAACUGUCUUCUUCUCUUCAUUUAACAAGAUGUCAAUGAUGCCUCAUCAGAUUCAGGAAUACUAUGGGCAGAAGGGUAUGUGGAUGUAUCUAUGCAUCCGCUUUAAAAAGUACUUCUCUUCAAGCCAAGCUAUAGCAGGCCAUACUAAGCGUCACUUCAAGGAUGGGUGGGUUAAAGGAACCCCCCAAAGCAGAAAGUUUGUGAAACUUUCUGAUUAUCAACAACAACUAGGUUUUGCUACUACCUCAUGUAUUUCCAAUCAGCAGGUUGUUUCUGCAGGAACAUCUGAAAUGACUCAACAAAUGCUCAUCAAUUUCAAAAAGGAGGUGUGCAGAUUUCUGGAAGCCUGGCAGCUCAACCUUCAUGUCAAGCUGGUUCGUGAUCUGAUGGUACUAGCUAGGAUCAGGGAUCGUCUUAUUGGAAAGAAGCAAGAAACCAUUUGGCGCGUUCUUGCUAGUAUAGUUGAUAAGUACGGGUAGAUUCAAAUAGUGCAUUAAAAAGGUCAAUUUGUGCAAUUGCCAUCAACAGAAUCUACAUGGUCCUUGAGCACAUCUCUGUUUGGGGUCCUUGCCCAAUUGUCAUUGUUUAAUUUUAUUUGUUUUUUCGCUUUUCACUUUAGAGUAAUUGAUAAAAAUAUUAUCAUGUGAUUAGGAGGUCAUGGAUUCAAUUUUUGGAAAUAGUGUCCAAUAGAAAUGUAAGGUAAAACUGUGUACAGUAGACCCUUGUGGUCGCGUUUUCCCCAAACUCUGCACAUAGAGAAAACUUUAAUGCA